AAUAAAGUAUGUGUAAUUAAAGGUUAAAAGUGUACCUUGAAAAAGUUUAGAAGUGCUCAAAAGUAAAAAUGCCUUAUAAUAAUUGUCAGUUAUUAUGUAUCGUCAUAUUAAGAUCACUGAAAAACGGCGAGCUACUAAACAAAUAACUCCAUAAGCAAUUAUUAGAAUAUGUCACCUAAUAACGGAGAUAAUAGAGAUUCAUCGACAUCUGCACAAGUUGUCCAAGGUAAUCAAGAAAGUGCGAAAAACGUAACAAAAAAGAGGAAAUUAGGAAAGAUUAUCAUAAUGAAUUAUGUUGCAUCGCUAGAUUGUUUCCAAUUAUUUUUGAAGAGGAAAUUGGAGCAGGCAAAAUCGCAGUUUUUAGCCGGAUAAAUUUAUAUUUUAAUAUUAAAAGGGGCGUCGAAAUAAGCGACAGCGAAGUCCAAAUUGAAAUGAGAGACAUGAGUCUCAAAUUUCCAAAUGAAAUUUCUUAUUGCGACGUCUCUGACGCUCGUCCUCGUGAUGCCGUCGGUACGACGUCGCCAUCGACGCUGCCGUCGGUCCUUGCGACGUCGCCGCCCUCGAUUCUCACGACGCCGCCGCCGUUGGUCCUUGCGACGCCGCAGCCGUCGCCGCCGUUGGUCUCCCCGACGUGGGAAUUGUUCAAAAUAUCGUCGAUGAAAACGCGGCACUUCCACAUAAUAUUGUGGACGAGAGAGAGAGAGAGAGAGAGAGAGAGACAAACCGGAGUAAAAUAACAAAUGUGUGUAUUGGGAAACCGGAGCACGUGGCGGUGUCGAGUCGCGGCGGUACCGAGUCAACUAUAAAUGGUGUGGUACGUUGUUAUUGGCGACGAGUGGUGCUCUGUUAUUCCCGACUCAUGGGUCUUCGAAAGCGAUUCAGUGAUUUGGUGGCCACCGAAAGGUAUCACUGUCACCACAGCAAUAUCAAAGGAAAUACAGUCCAACGAUACAUGGAGUCUAACUCCAAACAAACAGUUGAUUGGCCCAUUGUUUUUGUAGAGGAUAUUGGGAAAAUAUUUACAUUUCAAUUAACAGAAGUAGAAGCUGCAAGAGCAACUACAGAUAGUGUUUUUAUAUUAGACUUAGUUAAUAAAGAGUAUGCAAGGCAGAAGAAAACACAAAUUAGCAAGACCAAUGAGAGACUUGACCUUUGUAAUACAUUUAUGGAAAAAGAUUUAUCUCCUGUCCCGUGCUCAUCUAUCUCAGAGGUAAAUGAUUCUCUGGACAUCACAUCUGCACAAUCAGAUACCGUAUACUCAGUACCGCACACUUCAACACAAAAUGUUGAAGAGUCAACUGAUAAUGAAAAAACUUUAUUUAUAUGGUCAUCAAAGACUGUAUACUUACUCCUGGAGAAAUAUGAGGAACGAAUGAACGAAUUCUCUUCGGGAACAAAACGUCAUUCUAAAAUCUGGGAAAAUAUUGCAAGCGAGAUGAAUAAAGUUGAUCCAAAUAUUGCAGUAUCAGGACCACAAUGUCAGUCAAAAAUGAAUAGCAUGAAAAAAAUAUAUAGAAAAAUCAUAGACCACAAUAAUAUAUCUGGAAAUGAUCGAAAGUCAUGGCAAUAUUUUGAGAGAAUGAAUGAAUUAUUUGGAAAAUCAGGAUGGGCAAAUCCGAAAGCAACAGCAUCAGAUUCUGGACCUUCAUCUCUUGCAAAUUCAACAGAUGAAAAUAGCAAUAUCAAGAAACCUGCCAUUAAAAAAUUAAAAUCUGAUAAACUUUUAGAUGAAUUUGUGAAACAAAUGAAAGAAGAUAGACAGGAGAGAGAGAAGAAAAAAGAGGAAAGGCAAUUAAUUAUAUUGCAAGAACUAAAAGAACAAAAAGAAAAGCAGCAUAAAGAGAAAAUGGAUAUAAUGAAAACAUUCUGCGAAGCUAUUUCAGGCAAAAAAUUAUUUGACUAACUAUUUUUACAUGAAAGAUUUGAGUUCCUAUAUUGUGUGCAAUUUUUAAGUUAACUUUAUUGUAUUCAAAUUUUUUAUCUUUAGUCACUUUCUUCAUUUAUUUUCAUUUUAUAUUUUAUGUAUUUCUUGCUACUUACCAUUGUACUUACUGUGAUUUUAUUAAUUAUUCUGCGUUUUAAAAUAGAUAUGACAAUUGUGAUAUUGGUUUAAGCAUAAUAUCUAUGAACUUUAUUUUUUUUUAUGUAUGUUGUUUAAACAUAAUAUCUAUGUAUUUUAAUUUUUUUUUUAUGUAUUUUUAUGUUUAAGUAUAAAGAUAUACUAGAAUAGGUGCACACAACAAUAAAAAAAUGUAAAGACUGAUUCAAAUUAAUUUGCAUACAUUUAUUCAUUUUUAUAAAGAUUUAGUUGAUGAGGAAAUAGUUUAUAAGAGUUAAUACAUUAAAAAGAUUUUAUAAAUUACGCAAAUACACGUUCAUUAUCUCUCAUUA